AUGCGUGGAAGCCUUCUGCACCUAGCCCGUGCGGACUUUGGCCUGCCUACUUCAAGGAGCGGGACGACGACGCGGAUACAACUGAAUACACCGCCACGCAGAAGAGCAGUGCUGGCAGCAGUUGCGGAGAUGACGACUGGAGCAGCCAUGUUCGUUCAAACCUGGCUGGCGAGAUCAUCCCAGGUGAGCGCUUUGGGGCAAGCGACGCAGAUUGCGGCAGUGGUCUGGUGGACCUUGAUCCGGAAGUCGGCCGCCAACGCGGACAAGAGCUUCUGGCAAUGUUGCACGAUGGGCCGCUGUCGAAAGGAUCGAAUGCUUGCCACAGGGGCGAUCCAGGAGGACCAACAUCUGGCCAUGGCAGCUAUGGUCCUUCCGAGCAGCUCCUGUCUACAGCCAUGCUUGGCCAACAGUCCAGGCAGUCUUUCUCCCGGCCGUGGGUGCCCUUGGGUACCGUUGCUGCCCAAGGCACAUGUCGUGUGGGAGUCAGUGCAGCGUCGUGCUGUAGCACGAUUUCUUAAUGGUGCAAUAUCAGAAUAA